AUGGAAGAAAGCGAGGAGAGCAAAGAACUGAGUGAAUGUGGAAAGAGUUUCUCAAGGAAACAAUAUCUUGAGGUUCACAUGAGAGUUCAUACAGGAGAGAAGCCAUUCACAUGUGAUCAAUGUGGGAAGAGUUUCACACAAAAAGGAAAUCUUAAGGAUCACAUGAGAGUUCACACUGGAGAGAAGCCAUUCACAUGUGAUCAGUGCGGGAAGAGUUUCACACUAAAAGGACUUCUUAAGAGUCACAUGAAAGUUCACACUGGAGAGAAGCCGCACACAUGUAAUCAGUGUGGGAAGAGCUGCACGCGAUCAUCAAACCUUAAAGAACACAUGAGGAUCCACACUGGAGAGAGGCCGUUCACAUGUCAUCAAUGUGACAAAACAUUUCGUGGGGAAUCAGCCUUCAAGAGACACCUGAGAGUUCAUACAAAGGAGAAGCCACAUUCAUGUUCUGUGUGUGGAAAGAGUUUUUCACAGCUGUAUUAUUUAUAUCAACAUGAGAAAACACACACUGGUGUGAGAGAGUACAUGUGCUUUGAGUGUGAGAAGACUUUUACUACAUUAAACCAAUUAAAACUGCAUCAGAGAAUUCACACUGGAGAAAAACCUUACAAGUGUUCAAAGUGUGGCAAGGGAUUCAGUGAUUCAUCAAAUCUGAAAACACAUGAGAGGAUUCACACUGGAGAAAAACCUCACAAGUGUUCAUACUGUGACAAGAGAUUCAGUCUGUCAUCAAAUCUGAAACGGCAUGAGAAGAUCCACAGCAGAGAGAAGCGGCACACACACGUGUGAUCAGUGUGGAAAGAGUUUCUCUUUUAAAAAUCAGCUGAAGAUACACAUGAAGAUCCAUGCAGUGGAGAAACCACAAUACCACACUCUGAAAUCAUGAUAAGUUAGGGUGACUAUAUGCACCAUUCUCCCAGGACGCGUCCUGUCCAGGAUUUCUAAAUUGCCUAAAAUGGCUUGAGCCCUUGCCACUUUAAUUGUGAAAGUGGUCAUAUUGAUGUGCCCCCGGAACACGAUUUCUACACGGAGGUCUGUGCAAGCCACUGUUCUUAUUGACAUUCUUCAUGCAAUGCAUUAAAAUGUUGUCGUAAUUGCAAUGCUUUGACCGUUCUCUGUAGAUCCAGCCUUCUUGCAAACCACGAUCGGUUGAUUAUGUAUAAUGCAUGCUAUUGGUCAAAUUAUUUUUCAGUCGUUACUUUCCGCAAAUAUGAAAGCAAAACCAAAACUGGGACAUUUUAUGCAACUUAGAAAUCCUGGACAGGACGCGUCCUGGGAGAAUGGCGCAUAUGGUCACCCUAUGAUAAGUAGUUUCAUCUUUGUGCUCAGCAACAGUGUCUCUUCUGUCAAAGUUAGACACAGUCAGAUAUCUCUACCUAUAGUUGGUGCUGUUGCUCUGUGGCUGCUGUUGAAUUAUCCAGGUUGUGGAUGAGGAGCGACCCCGAAAUGCCUCAUUUAUUAAUUUAUUCAUAGUUAGCCUUUUCUCAAUAUGCGCUCUUGUCUGUACUUGUGUGAAUCGUCAUCAGUCGCUGUCCAAGUACUGAUCCAAUUCAAAGUUCACAUCUAGCCAAGUACAGUUCAAAUCCCCAGAUGUGUUCUUGAUCCGCCCCUUUUAUCGAGGAUGAAUCAAGAGGUGACUUGUGCGGACUUGAGACAGCCAGGUAUACCAGAAUGCAUCGCACACUAACCAGCAAGCAUCAAUAGUAAAGCAGAAAACCUGUGUAAUUCAAACAUACUACAGUUAUGUCAUAUGUAGUUUAAAGAGUUUUUCAGGCAAGAAUAUACUGGUUUAAAGCUCAAAUUUGAGGUUUAUUUUUAAAAGUAGUGCCUAUUUGGAGUUUGGGCGCUCAGUGCUCAUCUACAUGAAUCUAUAAUUUGAACUAAAAGUGAAAUCUCAUAACUUUAUAUAGUUUUAUAUAUUAGAGUUUGCUGUUGUGGCCUAUUUGAGCACUGACUUUGUAUGUUUGAUGAAUCAUUUUAUUGUAGCUGCUUGUACUUUCAUAAUGGCUAUUGUUGACCAUUAAAACUGACAUUUAACAAAAAGAGUCAGUGUUGUGCUUUAUAUUUGUAGUGUUACAAGCUCUCCUAGUCUAUGGUUGGGAGACAGUAAACAAGGUUAAAUUAAAUUAGAAAGAGAAACAAAACCAAAGAACAUGGAGGGUUGCCUUCAGUCCUCUGCCCCAGAAAUGUGAACGAGCCACUUAUUUAUAUAAUAUUUAUUUUAAUUAUGCAGGGAAAAUGGAAGCAAACUGUCUUCAGGAGAGGGGCUAGCCAAAACAACAAACAAAAGAAUUACUAACUGUUAGAAUGAAAACUAAAUGACCUAUGCAGGUAAAAGAAAUAAACAACAUAGGCUUCCCUCCACUCCCUGGCUAACCAAAAACAGGCAUAAACAUUACAAAAGAAAAAGUGGCACCCCCUCCCUACAGCUUCCUUUAACAUAAAAUUUAUUUAAUGUAAGAAAAUACAAUACCUUUUAGUUACCAAAACAACGUUAGAAAGAAAAAAAGAAACCACUUCCUGGUAACGAUAGGCCUCAGGGACAAGUUCGUACGCUAGUAACACUGCAGACUUGACCAUGUCAUAGUCAAGAGAGCUUUCUAUAGGUAGAGAUGAGCAAACUUCCUGGGCUUUUCCUGUAAGGCUACACUGGAGUAACAGAGCCCACAAAUCUUUCGGCCAAUUUAAUUUAUUAGCAACACAUUUGAAUGCAACAAAGUAAGAGUCGACUUCUGUCUCU